UUUACUUUGAGUCAACGGACCUGUGCAGUGAAAGGUUUUUAUGACUUCACUGCUGUCCCUGAAUAUAACCGGAUACGACGUGGAAUGAGAAAUUAAUAAAUGAGAGUUUGGCGAAAAGUGCAACUCCAUUGAAUGCGCGUGCCUGCUGUUGCUGCUGCUGCUGGACUUCAUAUCAGAAAAAAAAGAAACAACCGGUGUUUGUUUUUCCGAUGGGAAGAAAUGACUGCCAAAAUAAAGGAAUAAUUUAAGCCUACUAAUAAUAACACACCAAGCACCCCGGAUCGAUCACCGAGGCUGGUUGAGGAGUCCACCUCACCUCUAAACUGGAUCCUUCUGCUUGCAUCGAUCCACGCAAUUGAUUGAUCCCCCUCAGACACAGCCUCAAAGGGAGAAGAUGCCGUUCCACCAUGUGACGGCAGGCCUGCUCUACAAGGAGAACUACCUGAGCCGCUCGCUGUCAGAGAGUGACAGCGAUGUGCUGGCCAGCAUCUCCGUUGAGGAGCUUGAUGAGAUCCGGGAGGCGUUUAAGGUGUUGGAUCAUGACGGAAACGGGUUCAUUUCCAAACAGGAGCUGGGUAUGGCCAUGCGCUCUCUGGGCUACAUGCCCAGUGAGGUAGAGCUGGCCAUCAUCAUGCAGAGACUAGACAUGGAUGGUGAUGGACAGGUUGAUUUUGAUGAGUUUAUGACGAUCCUUGGACCCAAACUCCUGUCGUCUGAAACAAGAGAAGGCUUCCUGGGCAGCACAAUAGAUAGCAUCUUCUGGCAGUUCGACAUGCAGAGAAUCACCCUGGAGGAGCUGAAACACAUCCUGUUCUACGCCUUCCGCGACCACUUGACCAUGAAGGACAUUGAGAACAUCAUCAUCAACGAGGAAGAGAGCCUGAAGGAAAACUCUGGGAACUGUCAGACAGAGUUUGAGGGAGUUCAUCCUUCAAAGAAGAACCGUCAGACCUGCGUGAGGAAGAGCCUCAUCUGCGCCUUUGCCAUGGCAUUCAUCAUCAGCGUCAUGCUCAUCGCCGCUAAUCAGAUGCUGAGGAACGGCAUGGAAUAGCUUCGCCCACUGUGAGCAGGGAACAAGCCAGCCUGCAUGUGCAUGCCAGUGGGUGAGGUCAUAUCCCUGUUGGAAAAUCACUACAAGGAAUAACACUCAAAAUAAUCAUCGAGAAGAUCCCUUUUUAAAAUUAUUCUUUAUUAUUAUUCUUCUUCGUUUCUUUGAACGAGUGGCACCUCUCCACCCGAAGCCAGCAUAAGGAGUCACGCAGGACUCCUCCCCCUUUACUCUGACAGGGACACUCAAGGGCUGACAUUACACAUAAUACUCUGUCGUGAUUGUUUCCCUGAUGCAAUAAAAUAAAAGUUUAAAAAAAACCGUUGAGUGCAGGAGUUCAGAGCUGCUCUCUUUUCCAGCUAGAUGUGACUGCAGAUCUGUCACCCACCAGGAGUCUGAUGAGCUACCAGGUCUGCAGUGUGGGCCCUGAAAGGGAAAGGGAGAAAGGGAACAAUUGCCCUCUUAUUAUAGUUCCUGGAAGCAUAAUGACAGACCUCGCAGCCACUCAAGCAGAAGGAGCUGUACCCGUCGGGCCGCAGCUCUAGCAGCUCCCAUGGUGCUACGAUACUUCAGCUCUCUAUCUUUCUAUUUUCAACUACUGAGUAUGUGGGCUGGUAUGAGGUGCUGGCAUCAGUUCAUCAGCCCUACACACCAAGCAGUCAAGAGAACAAAAUGUUAAAUGGUAACUCCAGGCUUGUGUGUUGGCCUUGUGAUGUUCAUGGAUGAACACGGUAGCUCUGAAAAUGUGGUUAUAGUUCUUCUGAACGUUGUUGGUUCAACACUGUUCAGGGUGCAAAAGAAUUUUCUGUGUCGUAUUAAAGGAAGAAUAUCCACCCUUUCCAUGUUCACACUGUUAUACAUAUCGUCUAUCUGUGGUGUUCAGUGCAAGGUGAUUUAAUUCAACUUUCAAGUAUGAAACAAUCGUAUUCGAAGACAAUGGUGAAAGCAAAAUAGCAAGAGGUUUUCCAGUCAACACGUGAAUUGAACCUUGUACUUUAAAUGCAGUACGUCUUUGCGGCUGUGAUGCACUCUUCUACCUGAACGUCUUUUAGUGCCCUCGCUAAAUGAAUCUUUGUGAUGCCACAUCAUCUGAGUUGCAAAACCAACACAUGAUUCUUUUUAACAGUGUUGAAGUGUUUUAGGGUGGGGGUUUUCUUUGUCCUUCAAAUCACAACAAAUUAAAUGAAUGAAUGAAUUAUAACUUAAUUUUCCCCACAAAUUGUUGUUGUCUGUGAUCUGUGUAUUGUUUGUUUCCCUUUAUAGGAAGUUAUAAUUUAUGAUGUACAUGAUUUGAUGUAUCCUUUAUUUGAUCAACAUUUAUUUUGUUGUGGUUUCUUUUUAAUGAAUCUUCAUCCAUCCAUGUGUGACUCUCACUGUUUAGAAAAUGUUCUGAAUUUGAAUCUGCAAAGAAUGCCACACAACAAAAUCAGUGUGUGCGACUUAUAUACUUACAUUAGAGUUCACCGAAUUUCCUUUAUUUCGAAACUGUCCCUGUUGUUAGAUAGAAGUCCCAGUGUAGACCACAGAUACAGAAUUGUGAAGGGGGGUGUCAAACUUUCUCACAGCACUGAAUGACUUAAAGACACGUCUUUACAUGUUGAUUCCCUCUGAGGUCGGCUCUGAACUCCUGCACUGACAUGUAACAUGUAUGUACAAACACCCAUGUUAUCAAGUGCAUGCGAUCAAGUCAGUGUCUUUUGUAAAUACCGUGACCCACGUCCGGACUGUCUCAAGGGUCUGCUGAAGGUGUGCAGAAUCUCUGUAUGUGCAUGACUGUCCGUGCUUUCUGCUCACUCGGGUUCAGAGGGGCAGGGAGGGAGUGCAGCAGAAAGAGAGGUGGAUGCCUCAUUACAAACACGUCAGACGCAGGCAGUGAAGGCCCUUUCUGCUCCCUCUCAACCCACUUGCCAAAGCCAUAGAACUCCACAGAGGUGAAACAGACAACACAGUAUUGACGCUUUUCCCUGUUCCUACAUGGAAACACAAGAUCAAUCUGACAUUGUUUUGGCAGAAAUCUGUCUGUCCUGUAAGAUUUGGCUUGUUGUUGUAAUUGUUUUUGCACUGUACCUGUCAUCCAUUCCUGUCAAAUGACAAGGGGGUUGCAGGUUUGUGCAAGAGCACCAUCUAGAGGUGAAGUGAGAUUUGUGGCAUUGUCCAUGUUGUUGUUUCUCCAUCUCAAAGCACUAUGGCAAUGUGAUGUCAGGCAGGACUGUCACAGCAUUAUAUUCACAAUGUCUGAUAAUUGUUGAUGUUAAAUGUUCAAAUAUGACAAUUUUUAUGUAUGUAUGUAUAGGUUGACUUUGAUCUACCAACACUGUGGGUAGAACAGCACUUGUAUUUGAGCACAGUGUAUUUAUAGGAAUAGAUUUCUUGCCUAUGGCCUAUGGCAAAAUACAUUUUGGAGACUGAAAGAAGAGCACUUUGUGCAAAGACAGUCUACAAAACCGUGUAGGUCACACUGGUUUUGAUUUUUUUUUUUUAUCUAAGAAAAUCACACUGAUUAAAAUGUAUUAUUUUUAAAAAUCUGUUAAUCUUGCAGUAGUGGUGGAAAUUUCACACCAAAUUCACAGCUAGUCACUGCUGGCAUGUUAACUGGAAAAGUGUUGAAUCAUUUAUUUGUUUUAUGAGAACAACUUUGUCUUUUAAAUUGUAUUAUGUUUGUUUUUUCUUAGUUACAGUUACUGUGGUUUCAGUGUUGCUGUAAUCAAACUGUCCCUGCAUAACGGUUGCAUGUCUAAAGAGUUUUAUUUUGGAGGAGAAACGCACAGUGUCUCUUCAGUAGCAUGGUAUUUUUGUUAUGUAACUUUGUACAUAGCUAAUAACAUAGCAUAUGUAUUAGACAAGCACACCAUAUACAUACUUUGCAUGUGCAAUAUUUAAACAUGUAGACUAUAGAAAGACUUUCAGUUGUACUAUUUAGUAGAGGCAUAAUAAUUAUGUAAUUGUAAAUACGGAAAUCUGUACAAAAGUCAAAGGAUUAAGCAUUGAUGCAAUAAA